UUCAAUUCUAGCAGGAACGCUAAGCGCCAGAGGCAACAACACAGAAUCUUAACAAGAGUACAUAGUGCCGUUAGGAAGUGUUAAUUAACGCGCGAGUCUCUUUUGGUAGUGAAAACGCGAGUAAAACCUUUCGUACGCACAGCGAACUAUUCGUGGAGUGACAAGGAUCAAUAUGGGCACAAGUAGGCGCUCUUCCAGCGUGGCUAAAUUAUUGCCGCCCACAUUUGGUAGACGACAUAUGCAAUGCCUAUUGAUGUUUGUCGGUUUCGCCGCUGCAUUUUCGAUGCGCGUUAAUCUCUCUGUCGCAAUUGUAGCGAUGAUGGACCGCAAAGCAGCAAAUCCAGAUUUUCCAGAAUAUCACUGGUCCGAAGAGACUAAGUCGCGCAUACUUAGCAGCUUUUUUUGGGGUUAUAUUUGCACGCAAAUUCCCGGCGGCUUACUGGCACGACGCUUCGGCGGAAAAGUAAUGUUGUUGAGCAGUAUCUCCAUAAGCAGCAUAAUGGCGCUGUUAACUCCACUCGGCGUCGCCUAUGGGGACUGGAAGUUGCUUUGUUUCAUGCGUUUCCUACAGGGUUUCGGGCAGGGUGUAACAGUACCGUCCAUGCAUACUUUACUCGCCAAAUGGGCACCGGUAACGGAACGUGGCUCGUUGGCUACCUAUGCUUAUUCAGGUUCACAAUUCGGCACUGUUAUAAUGUUAGCUUCAAGCGGUGUGCUCGCUUCCUCGUCCAUGGGUUGGCCCAGUUGUUUCUACAUACCCGGCAGUUUUGGUCUUAUAUGGACAAUACUGUGGAUCAUUUUGGGUGCAAGUUCGCCAAGUGAAUGCAAAAAGAUUAGCGCUGCCGAACGCGCACUCAUUGAAGAUUCUCUACAGCAGCAUGUUAAGCCGCAAGAUGAUGGCAAACCCAACUUAUCUGUACCCUGGAAACACAUCUUCACAUCCGUGCCAUUCUUAGUGUUAAUGGCGACACAUUGCGCAGGGGCUUGGUGCUUUUGGACGUUGCUCACACAAAUACCAACCUAUAUGAAGAGCGUACUCGGUAAGGAUAUCAAAAGCAAUGCUUUGCUCUCGGCACUGCCGUACUUCACGAUGUUGAUUUUGGGUUUGGCGUGUGGACCGUUGAGUGAUUUCUUGGAGAAGGGCAGCCAUUUGAGCGCGACCACAAGUCGGAAGAUUUUCAAUUCCAUUGGUCAAUGGGUGCCGGUGCUCAGCUUGAUUUGGUUGGGUUACAUAAAACGUGAACAAGCGGACUUAGCGGUUUUCUUGUUAACCUUCACCGUGAGUAUCAGCACAACAAUGCAUUUGGGCUGGCAGGUGAAUCACAUCGAUUUGGCACCAAACUUCGCCGGCACGCUCGUUAGUCUGACCAACUGUGCGGCGAAUGUUUGCAGCAUUAUUGCACCUCUAGUGGUGGGCUUUAUCGUCACCGACACGAGUAACCCCAACCAGUGGCGCAUAAUAUUUUUCAUUGUGGGAGGCAUCAACUUUCUCGGUAAUCUGCUGUUUGUUCUAUUCGGCACCGCAAAAGUGCAGCCCUGGAAUAGUGAACGCGAAACGAAAGUUACUAAUGGUAAAGUCGAUGCAGAGAAGGCGCAAGAAAUGGAACCUCUUAAUGAGGAAACGAUUGAUGUGCCAAUAACAAAGGCAGAAUCGCAAAUGUCGCUUUAAUUUUUAGACAGUACUUUUUUUGUUUGUCAAGUUAGUGGAAUUUAACAUUAGCUUGUGUACAAUAUUGUUUAGUCAAACUUUUCCUUGAGAUUAAGCUUCAUAGUUACUAGGUUUUAUAGAUUCUCAAAGGUCUAUACUUUAGUUUGCAGUAUGAAUAUAUGCGGUGAUAGGUGUUUUGCAUGUAAGUAGAUAAAUAGAUUUGGAAGAUAUAUUUAGGUAGCCUAUAGUCAGUAUGUAGAACCUAAGUAUAAGCUUGUUCGAAAGCUGACAAUGAUAGUAUAACGGAAUACAAUAUGAGUUAAUGAAAUUAUUAUUAAUAUGCAC